AUGGUGGUGGUGCUGCAGGAUUUCCUCAUCAGCUUGAAGGUGCUAGCUGUGAAGCGGGCCGAGACCGCCGGCCGCCCUCACCUCGCCGACGCGUUCGAUCUGCGCACGCUGCGGGCGCUCGGUGUUGCUUUGCUGGAGAGUCUCAAAGAACGCCUAAAAGAAACUGCGGUUGAUCCAACCAUUCUUGAUAGACUUGCACUCUCAAGGGAUCCUGAUGCGGAUGCGGAUGCUAAUGCCAGCGUCAGCAGUAGUGAUUCCGAGGUGUUCAGGCGGCACAGCAAAGAUCAGCCAGAGCCAAGUAGCGUCAAGAGUAAACGGAAGAGGAUGCAGGAUGGGUUCCAAAGCAAAAGGAGAAGAAAAUUGAGCGAGAGCAGAUAGCGACGAGCAUAGAUUGCUAUGACUUUUCUUGCCAAUACAAGUGAUCAAGUGCAAACACGCAGGGCUAUUGUUGAGCAAGAUUGCUGAUGAUGCUGCUACUGCUACUGCUGGUAGUAGUUUAAAUUUUGCAACGCCCUUUAGUUGUUUCAGUAUGUCUUCCAAGCUUUUCUUGGUCCAGACUAACAAGUGAAGAACUCAAAUAGAUAGUUUUUCCUUUUGUCAGUCAAAGAGUUUCUGAAUGGAUGUAACCAAGCCUGCAAAUUAUGGAAGGAAACAUUAUUGUUAACCUGCA